AGAUGAGAAAGCUUUAAACAGGAAGGGUUGGUGCCUCCGCAGCAGAUCUCGGGCUCUCACCCGGAGCAGAGCCCGUGUGCGCUCCGCGAAAAGCGAGAACAGCCCGGGCAGGAGCCCAGCCUGGGACGAUCAGGUUGCAAAUCCUGCCUUUGUAGCUUUUUACACCACACCCCUUCAACGCGAAUUGGUAGGGGAGGAUCAUACUCGCCGCUGAUUCUGGAGCUCCUUCUUUCUUCAAGGAGUGUUGCUAGGAGUUGGGGAAGAUGAGAGGAAGAAAGAAGGGAUGUUCCUUACCUUCAACCUUCGUCUUGCUGUUCUGCUGCGUCACUGGGCGUGCGACUGCUGAGUCAGAUGGCAGCGAGGAAGAGCGUGUUGUGGGCGCUGCUUUGCCCCCCCUGAUCCUCGGGCACUCAGUGUGUGCCAUGAAAGCAGAUGACGGCCCAUGCAAAGCCAUCCACGUGCGCUACUUCUUCAACGUCCAGAGCCGUAAGUGUGAAGUGUUCGAGUAUGGUGGAUGCCACGGCAAUGAGAACAACUUUCUGACGCUGGAAGAAUGCCAGAAGAAGUGUGUGGUAACAGAAUUAUCUCGGAAGACGGUGGUAGCACAAAUGAAGAAAGACAAGCCCAAUUUCUGCUUCCACGAGAAAGACCCUGGGAUCUGCCGAGGUUAUUUUACCAGGUAUUUCUACAACAAAGAGACAAAGCUGUGUGAAGUGUUCAAGUAUGGUGGGUGCCUGGGAAACCAGAACAACUUCAAGAGUCUGGAAGACUGCCAGAGUACCUGCCAAGAAAACUCAAACUUACUGCCAGUUGUGACAAUUGAAGAGCAUCCUAACACCGUGAACAGCAGUUCCCCAGCAGAAGAACCCGAAGAGUUCCAUGGGAUUUUGGUAAAUUUGCUGCCAACUGCUCCGAAUGAGGAGUCCAACACUCUGAACAGCAGCUCCCGAAAGGAGGAACACAACCAGUUUCCCAUUUUUUUUGAACCACCUCCCAUCCCUUCUUUGUGCAUGACCCCCAUGGACAGAGGACUUUGUAGAGCCAAAGAGCUGAGAUUUUUCUACAACCACUCGAGCGGGAGGUGCCACCCGUUCAGCUACAGCGGUUGUGGUGGGAACGAAAACAAUUUCACCUCCAGAAAGUCGUGUUUGAGGAUCUGCAAGAAAGGUAUGGGAAGUGGUACUGCCCCAGACUAUCACAACAGGAUUCAAUAAGAAAAAAGGUGGAAGAAAGUUAAUAAAAAUCAAGAAGAAAAGAAAGAAACAGUCAGUAAAGGCUCUGGGAGAGGAAAUCAUCCCUGAAAGAAUACAGCUUUGAUUUUUAUGGAAACGUGAAGUAAACUGCUCUUCACCUGUGAAUGAAAGCCUUCAGUGUACACCAUUAAAAUAUAUUUACUUUCCUGAUUAUUUUGAUUACAUAUUAUUAAGCUGCUUAAAUUUUUACUAUGUAUUCCUCAUUCAUGUUAAUAAAUGUUAUCUUUUACUUUGAUAAAGGUUUUAAAUUGUAAUUUGGUUGUAUAUAAUUGUCAGAGCUGCAACAGGUCAACAGACUGUGUGAGUAUAUAAUUCACAAUGGUUAAAAGGUAGACAAGAUUCAAAUUCACUUUAUUACCCCAUUAUUCUCUUUGAAUUCUAUUUUUGUACCAAAGAAAGCAUAAUACCUGUCAAAGAAUCAUCACUUGUCAAGCAUGAUUGUUUCCACCCAUGAUUAAAAGAUAAGUCUGUGCUAUAAAGAGGAAAUAGACACUGGGUUUGUUUGAAUCUUUUAUUUUAGGUUAUGCAGGCUAGAUUUAACUCCAUUGAAGUGCAUAUAAUUCCAGUAUUGUAAAAUGAAUGUGAGAUCAGAAUUAACACACCGAUACCCAUAAAAGGAUUACAGUUAAAGCUGUAAAUGUGUGAAGCAACGUGGCAAAUAUUUGCAAUGAUUUAAAAAUAUAUAUGUUGGGAUCACUGA